AUGCCCUGGAAACCCUUACCCCGGAUUGCAUUUGCGGUCGCCGUCUACCCGUUUCAGCCUUCCUCGCCUGCAGACCUACCCCUCGAACUCGGAGACGAGUUAUACAUAAUUGAGCAAGGUGGCAAGGAUGGAGCAUGGUAUCGCGGGUAUCUGGUUGCUCCGCCGUCGUUAUUGGCAGGCCUCACAAGUGUCAAAGGACAGACGCUGGAAGCUCGAGUAUUUUCCGGGAUAUUUCCCAAGAAUUGCGUCGAAGUCCGUGAGGUUCUUGGAGAAGCGGAUAAAAAUAAAGAAAAUGGGGUGACAAACGUGGAGGUGGUACAAGUCAACGGAAAUUUGAGCCCCGUUAAUGGCGAGGACGCCGACAAACCGAAUGGCCUAAAAGAUUCAUCUCCCCGAAAAACUUCUCAAAUAACAGUUAUUAGAUUAGACGAAGAUGCCGGAAAACGACAUUCGGCGUUUCCCAUACGAUCACCAUCGCUUGCCUUGACUCCUCGCUCUACGGGCUCCCGCGGCCCGAAUGCCCCCAAACCGCCCGCCCCAGUUCCAAUGCUUAAAAUCGGGGACGAAACACCCACAUCACUCUCAGAGCCUUUAGUGGACGAAAUCGCAUCAUGUCUACGAGAAUGGCACUCUACAAAUAUUCAUGAGCUUCUGUUGGCGAGACAGUACAAUGCACUGGAAAACAUGUCGAAUAUCGUUCUAGAGCUAGACUUAGCACGACGACAGCUUCUUCACAACGUCUUGACCGCCCAGGAACGGUUAUCACUUCGAGAGGAAACGGUUUGGAAUUUGGUACGGGGAAAUAAAACGUUAACUGGAGACGUUAUUGUGCGUGAUCCGAAACAACGAGGGCGGUUGCUUAUAGGUGACGACUCGGCUACAGAACUGGCGAAGCUACAAUCCGAAAUGAGCAUGCUUGAUGGUGAGGCAAAACCACAAGUAGAUACGGUUUCGCUGCACCAUGUUCUUUGCGAAGUGAACGGAGUUACAGGAACCAAGGCUGGCUCGGUAUCUUUGGCGUUAAGCCUCUGGUCUCGAACCGCAAAAGGCGACAUGAAGCAAUUAGCGGAAACAUACUCUGUCAAUAUCCCGUCCGCAGAAACAUUUGCUUCCAUGUCCCAGAACGGUAGUCUAAAAACUCUCUUCACAGGGUUGAAUGCUGCCGAUAUUGGAGAUAGCUCGGCUUCUGAUUCUAACCUUUAUCUUGUUGUGCAAGUGCUAAGCCAUGAAAUUACGAGACAAGUUCAAGCUUCUAAUUCUCGGGCGCCUUCUCGGGACGGCCCUAUGGGGAAUAAAUCCAAUCCAGUUCUAAACAGUGUUGGCAAAGGUAACCUAAGGGGAAGGCGGAGCAUGAUAUGGGGACCAAAAGCUAAAGGUGUGCCGCAACCUGAUCAGAAUGACACCAUGGGACCGCCACGGUCGAGAGACUCGACCAGUGCUUCUAUAAGAACCGAGAAAACGACCAAGGAGACGUCAAUUUUGCGAAUUAUUGGCGUUGGCGUUCUAGAAGUUGGCACUGUACUUAGAGCAGGCAAGGACGUUGACCAGAUUAUCAAUAUAUGGGCUCCUCUGGGUGUCAUCGAUGAGCAGGACAAUUACACCGAAGGAUUCGACAAUGUUCUGCGAUCCUUUUUACACAGCCCAACCGGCAGGUACGGCAGAUGUUAUCGCGCUUCCAGAGUCCACGUAAACCUUCACCCAUUCGCGAGCGAGGAUACAGGGAGCCUGAUUCGGAACAAUCCAACAUUGCUCCAUAAUGUUACCAGGACGAGACGAAUUGGCUUUCCGGCGGCUCCUACGAAACCUCGUUCCGAUAUUUAUCUUACUUUGUCAAAAGCGAAUAUUUCCCAGGAUGCUCUUCUCUCUCACCCGAUAAAUGGACAAGUCCCCGUUCCCCAGACGAGCGGUCUGCGAAACCUACAGCUUACUCUCGAAGCACGAAAUGCCUCGGGGGAAAGAAUUGAGCAUUGUAUUUACCCUUCCUCAAACUCCAUAGGGCUAACGGCCUGGAGAACAGCCGUUGCAGAACGAGGUUCCGCUUGGAACCAAACCAUUAGGUUGAAUAUUCCAUCGGAUCAAGUCCAAGGCUCUCACUUGAUUAUGAGCGUUGCAGAUGCUCCCGAUUUUCCGUUUGCUUUAAGCUGGAUUCCGCUAUGGGACCAACAAGCUUUUAUCCGAGAUGGACGGCACUGCCUGCUGCUCCACGCGUACGAUAAGUGCACGUCAACUGUUGAAAAUGGGAAAGGCUCAUACUUGUCACUUCCAUGGAGCGCGCUAGGGAAGAACGAAUCGGCAAAAGAUGAAGCCGUGACAGGUCCAUUAGCAACAUUAGUACUCGAAACUGAACUCUGUAGUACUGAAUUUUCCCAAGACCAGAUUUUGCUUGGUCUCAUAAAUUGGAAAGAAAAGCCUGCCACGCAACUCCUGGAGCUCCUGCGGAGGGUGAUUUUUGUGCCGGAGAUCGAAAUCGUCAAACAUCUUCGUGAUGUUUUCGAUGCCUUGUUUGGUGUUAUGGUAGAGCAUGCUGGCAACGAGGAGUUUGAAGAUUUGAUUUUUAGAGAUUUGGUCACCGUUCUCGGUAUUGUUCACGAUCGUCGCUUUAACCUAGGACCCUUGGUUGAUAAAUAUGCGGAACAACAAUUCAGUUUCCCGUUUGCAACUCCUUGUUUGAUCAGGAGCUUUUUACGUCUGCUCCAAGGUACUUCUGAUCCACAGCAAGCUCGAAAUCUUCGCGCCGCCUUCAAGGUUGGACGACAUAUCUUAAAGUUCAUCAUCAAUGCCAGGGGCCAACAAAAGGCCAAGGAAGAGUGCAUUGGCAUAACGAACAUUCAGUCGACGUUCAACCGCGACCUGCAUUCGAUAUUUGAAUCGGUGGAGUCACUAAUGCAAAACCCAGCUCCGAAUCUCGUUGGCAGUAAAACUUUGGCUGUACAACAUUUUCAUACUUGGCUUCCUGAGCUUGCGAAUGCUCUAACGAAAGAUGAAAUCUCUGACAUUGCCUUCAGCUUUAUGGAUGCCUGCAAGGAUGUGAAGAACAUGCUGAUUCUCUAUAAACUCGUGUUGAUUUUGAACUAUACUAGAUUGCCAUUGUUCGAAGAGCCCGAUAGGAGGAAACUUUUAAUCCCCAGAAGCAUCAAAUGGCUGGCACCUUAUUGGGGAGAAACUUCAGAGGUUACUGACCAAUACAGAGACCAGGUUCGCCUCUGUUCGUCAGUUGUGGCGGAACAGUUAAAAACUCCUAGCCCCGAGCUCUUCGAAUACAUGCCCAAGGCGGUGGCCUCAUAUUGUGCAAUUGUGACCGAAGGCGUUGAGGAGAGCGACUGGCUUUCCUUGCUUUUUAGUAAAUCUUUCCCAUUCCAACUAAAGCAAUCAAAAACGAAGCAAAAAUUUGACGAGGCACUUGUGGAACUCUCCGCCAUCAUUGCUGUAAUGUCAAAAAUCCAACGGCCCAAGGAACUAUCGUUAUCGCAAGAUGAGAUGGCAGUGUUUCUAUCUCACACCUUCAACAGUCAUAGAUCCAUCCUUGACUGCGAAGCUUAUCCUGCGACUUGGCUAAGUCUGUAUAUUUAUCAUCAUCAGUCUAUUACUAAAAGUCUCGACGAUCUUUCCUCGAUAUUGAUAAAAUAUUUUCUUCCUGCCCCAGAUGAGGCUGAUACCUUCGAUAUGGAACUAUGGAAACUCUUCUUCACGACACUAUUGAAGGUGGUAUCUAGCGAUGCCUUGGCGCUGGAGACCUUCCCAGAACAGAGGCGACGAGCCGUGUGGAAAAUCGCAGGCGAUGUGCGAGAGUAUGGUGCAGAGCUACUUCAGAGAACCUGGCGAUGCAUUGGCUGGGAUACCACUGCUGAAGAACGAGCGCGGUACGGCUUAAGCAAGUUAGGGGGCUACCAAGUUCAAUACGUUCCAAGUCUUGUUGCCCCUAUUAUCGAGCUGUGUCUCAGUGUGCAUGAAGGCCCUCGACGUGUUGCCGUGGAAAUUUUACAGACUAUGAUUGUCAGUGAAUGGCAGUUGAACGAGGAUUUGUCUAUGGUCGAAGCGGAAAUAAUAUCAAGUCUGGAUGAACUAUUCAAAACGAAAAAGUUCCACGAAGGAAUAACCCAAAAGCUGUUUAUCACUGAAUUACUUGGGCUAUUCGAAACGCCCUCGGGCGCCUCGGAUGCGGAGCUAAUGGUCACGUUAAAGGAACUCAUCGCAACUGUGGAUGAGCUGUUGGAUCUUUUAGUAGCCUCUCACAAUGGCAAUAUCACUGAGAGCUUAAACACGAUUAAGCUCAUGGAGUUCAUGAAAGACAUGGAACGAGAAGAUAUUUUCAUCCGGUAUGUCCAUGAACUAGCAAAGGGCCAGGCUACCACACGCAAUCACACUGAAGCCGGGCUUGCUCUUCAAUUCCACGCCGACCUCUAUGAUUGGGAUAUUUCAAGAACCGUGCCCUCACUUUCGAAACCACCGUUCCCGAAACAGACAGCUUUCGAGCGCAAGGAAACAUUAUAUUUCGAAAUUAUCCAAUUUUUUGAAGAUGGAAAAGCUUGGGCCCACGCUCUCUCAUGUUACAGAGAACUUGCAUACCAUUAUGAACAUACAAUUAUUGACUUCUCAAAACUUUCAAGAACGCAGGCGUCUAUGGCUCGAAUUUAUGAGGCAAUUGUUAAAGAGGACAUUUUAGUUCCGCGAUACUUCCGUGUUACUUUCAAGGGUCUUGGAUUUCCAACUACAUUGCGAGAUAAACAGUACAUAUUUGAGGGGUCACCAUUGGACCAUAUGGCUACCUUCACGGAUCGUAUGCAGAAACAGUACCCGAGUGCUCAAUGCAUUUUCACAGGGGAGAUCGAAAAUCUCGAGGGCCAAUACUUACAGAUUUCUCCUGUCAGCGUACACAAAGAUGUUGAACAUCCAGUUUAUCAACGCCCGAAGGUCCCGCAGUCUGUUCGGGAACAUCUUUUAACGGCUGUUACUUCAACAUUUUCCGUUACGUCGAAAAAGAAUAUGAAAGGCACCAAUGUUAAAGAGCAGUGGAUUUCAAAGACGGUUUUCACCACGGCAGAGCCGUUUCCUAAUGUCUUGAGGCGGAGUGAAAUUGUAGCAAAUGAAGAGAUUACCCUUACUCCUUUGCAGACGGCUAUUGAGCGUACGUCCAGGAAAACCCAGGAGUUGCUGAUGUUUGAAAAGAGAGUGGUGUCUGGCGAUGAUACAAAUAUGACGAAUUUGACGGAGGUAUUGGGUCAUAUGCUCGACAUUGAGUCAAUGACGCCCACCUGCGUAGCCCAGUAUCGACAAUUUUUGCCUGACGAUGAAGACUUGCAUCACGACUCGGAUGAUGAGGAUUCCAAACCGCAGGCGCCUAUCGAUCCUCUGACUAACGCACUGACGGUAGCCCUAGUUGACCAUGCUCUUGCAAUUAAGCGGUGCAUUAUGCUAUAUUCACGCCCUGCAUAUCAAGCUACGGGAGCUGAGCUCACACAACGAUUAGAAGCUGCUUUUGCCCCUGAACUCCUAUCUCUGGCCAAUUCCCCUUCCCAGCAACCACAAUUUGGAUCUCCAGCUCAUUUCAGCCCUCAGUCUGAGCCAACAAUAAAUGGAUGUACACCACGCUCGCCAUUAAGUCAUGUCGCCAGUCCGAAACCAGAGUCGAGAAUGUCGCGCGACAGUCUUCCAAGACCUUUCCUUGAGAAAGCCCCGAUUGGCAAUCGAUUGAGCCUUAAUUUGUUUAAACGAUCGAAUCACGCGUCCAGUCCCGACAUUACGGCUACUAAUUCCGUCAUAGCGCCUCAACAAAGCCUAGGUCGACUAGAUGACGCCGCCAGUCAUCAUAGCAACCCUGUCAAGGGCUCUAUUCGAGCUACAGGCUCGACCAGCGGAAUAUCAGACCGGGAUCGGGAGGCCUCACAAGUUCGGAAUAGAAAUCGCAGUCAAUCACGCAGUGCGAAGAGUGACAGCAGCAAAAAACGGAGAAGCUUCUUCAGUAACAACGAGAAGGUUAUUGACGUACCCCAAACAACACCAACCACAUUGCCCGCCAGUCCCCGCACCGAAGACAUGCGCACCACGCAGCAGAGAAUCGUGGAGCGAGCCAACAAGUCCCGAGCGGCGCAGCAAAACCAAAACCAGCCGGAGAGAUCCAGCUCGAUACCAAACCGUGUCGUGCAGCGGGUGUCGCCGCAAAACGGAACGAGCGACGGUGGCAGCAGCCGCCCCGUGACGUCUGAGAGAAGCUCGCCCGCGCGCCCGAAGACUUCGCACAGCAUGGCCAGCGAACAGGGAAGCGUUGGUGGCGGCAUGCGGGACUCCGUCAAGAAGCGAUUCAGCUUAUUGAAAGUGGGUCGAAAGGCUAGCAAGAUGAAUUUCCGUGACGGCCACCUGGGAGGAGCCUUGCGAGAGGAAUAA